AUGGUCCGUCCAACGAAGGAAUUUGUGCUUUCGCAUAUUUUCACGGAUGUAUCGAAGAUGGAGGAUGAAGAUUUUCUUCACAGUCCCGUAGAAGAAUAUUUCAAUGUUCCAUGGAAGCUGUCAAUUGCUCGCAAGGAAGAUCACUUGGGAAUUAUCCUUUUUUGUAAGAAAUUGAAAGUAAAAGAGACCGCGUGGAUCAUUGAUACUGAAUUCGAAUUCAAACUGAAAACUUCGAGAGGGAAAGUGUAUGGGGGAGAUGAGAAAUUUGAGUUUGAAUUUACAAAUGAGCCCAAAACUGGCCGUGGACAGUGGAAUUUUAUUCGUUGGGACAAAUUGAUAAACGACUACCUAAUCGAUGAUGUUGUCACUGUUGAAGCCGCUGUGAAGAUCAUCAAGACGACUGGAAUCUCGAAGAAAGCGCUCAAAAGCUUUGAAAAAUCGAAUGAAGCAUUUUCCGAUGUGGUUCUCGCGGUCGGAGACAAAAAGUUUUUCGUGCUCAGAAAGUUCCUCGCCUCACACUCUACAUACUUCGAAUCACUUUUUUUCGGAAAAUUCGCAGAAUCUGACAAGGAAGAAGUUACACUUCAAGGCAUUGAUUCCACCGAUUUUUAGAAUCUUCUAGAGGUUCUGUAUGGUGAACCCGCUAUUGACGAUAAUACUAUCGAUGGAAUGCUCCUCCUCGCCCACAUGUACGAUAUGGCUCUUCCAAUCCGAAAAUGCGAAGAGUUUCUGAUCGAAGAAUCUGAAAAGUCGAUGAAGGAUCAACUCAAAAUCGCAAAACAAUACCAAUUGGAGAAUUUGAAGAAAUCUUGUCUCCUGAAAAUCAACACAGUCGAUGAGAUCAAAGCGGCUUUGGCUGGAAAUUUGGCCGAUAUGGAUCCAUCAGUGGUUUAUGCUCUUUUCGGAAAAUCAUUAGCUCUUCACUGA